AUGCCCCAUCCAACCCCCUCCACCACCCCAAAAGAGGACAUCUCCCACGUCUCAGGGAACGCCUCCGAUGACAUCAAACACAUCCUAGGCAUCCCAUCCCGGUUCUUCCAACACUUCCAAGCGGAAAACGCACCGCCCAUGUUCGGUGAUUCUAUCCAGACGCGUAUGGUCGUCACGGAAAUUUCGAUAAAUAAUAAAGCGGAGGAACCGAAGAAGGUGGAGGGGAGGGUUGUGCUUGAACUUGAUGUUGCGGAGGAUAUGUUGAAUGGAGGUGGUAAUAUUCACGGAGGGUGUUCGGCGUUUUUGAUAGACGUGUGCUCUACCCUCGCACUCACAGCGCUCAACCUAGCGACCACGGGAGAACUAUCCCCAAGCGUUUCUCAAUCCCUUAACAUCGUAUACCAUUCCCCCGCGUCGCUUGGAGAUAGGAUCAAAAUCGUCAACACCACGCUAACCCUCGGAGCCCGUGCGCAUUCUGUCCGAACCGAAAUUUGGAACCUCACGCAUCACCGCCUGGUAGCGUCCGGCACGCACAUCAAGAUGGCUCCCUCGAAGCCCAAGUCCAGUCUCUAGACUGAUACCAGUUCUGCAGCGUAUGGACAUCCUGCAGAAAAGAAGCCUAUCAAUGGAUUCUACGCAUCUAAUCAUUUCAUCCAUACCAAUGAUUUAUUAAUCUGACAGUAGUAUGUAGUUCAUGGUAGAUAAUCCGUACUAGAACGCCAUGAGGCGUAAUUAACCAUAUAUUUUUCCAGAAUAACAUUCUAGAGUUC